AUGAAAACUAAGCAUCGAACUAAAGAUUUAGAUCAGAUAUACAACGACAAACAACCAGAAAAUAUUAAUAGAUGUAUAAACGAGGCGACGAAAAUUGAUGAAGACAAACCCGCAUUAGGCCAAAAUUUUUGCAUGCCUUGUGAUAAAUACUUCUGCGAUGAAAAGGCACUUCAGGCUCAUCUAAAGCAAAAGCCCCACAAACGCCGAAUGAAAGCCCUUGAAACUGAGCCUCAUAGUCAAGAAAUUGCCGACUGGGCUGCGGGUGUUGCAUCUCGUAAACGAAACAGAGAAAUGAUAUCUUCAGUGCCACAUAAAAAGAAGGCUACAUAUGAUGAUGCGCAAGUUUCUAUGGCAUAUUCUGAAGCACCAAACCGUGGAGAACCGAAUCUGGAGCAGACAGAAGACGAAUAUGAGCAGUCUUAUUUGGCUGUGGAUUGA